GCGUUACGACAAAAACUUAAAAGCAUACCUGUUGGUCGCAGGAUACUAGAUACGGUGUUGAGUUUAUCGUUACGACAAAAACUUAAAAGCAUACCUGUUGGUCGUAGGAUACUAGAUACGGUGUUGAGUUUAUCGUUACGAAAAAAACUUAAAAGCAUACCUGUUGGUCGUAGGAUACUAGAUACGGUGUUGAGUUUAUCGUUACGACAAAAACUUAAAAGCAUACCUGUUGGUCGUAGGAUACUAGAUACGGUGUUGAGUUUAUCGUUACGACAAAAAUUUAAAAGCAUACCUGUUGGUCGUAGGAUACUAGAUACGGUGUUGAGUUUAUCGUUACGACAAAAAUUUAAAAGCAUACCUGUUGGUCGUAGGAUACUAGAUACGGUUUUAUCGUUACGACAAAAACUUAAAAGCAUACCUGUUGGUCGUAGGAUACUAGAUGCGGUGUUGAGUUUAUCGUUACGACAAAAACUUAAAAGCAUACCUGUUGGUCGUAGGAUACUAGAUGCGGUGUUGAGUUUAUCGUUACGACAAAAACUUAAAAGCAUACCUGUUGGUCGUAGGAUACUAGAUACGGUGUUGAGAUUAUCGUUACGACAAAAACUUAAAAGCAUACCUGUUGGUCGUAGGAUACUAGAUACGGUGUUGAGUUUAUCGUUACGACAAAAACUUAAAAACAUACCUGUUGGUCGUAGGAUACUAGAUACGGUGUUGAGUUUAUCGUUACGACAAAAACUUAAAAACAUACCUGUUGGUCGCAGGAUACUAGAUACGGUGUUGAGUUUAUCGUUACGACAAAAACUUAAAAACAUACCUGUUGGUCGCAGGAUACGAGUUCCGGUAUUUCGUUUGUCUAUACGAAAAGCCCAAAAUCAAAAAGUGUUGCCAUGGUAAUAACAUUGGAGGAUAUGGUGUUAGGAGAAGAGAAUGAAGAGAAAGUAGAAAUGGGUGAAUGUAGAGAAAGAGAAGAAGGAAUG